AUGCGAGAACUGACUCAUCCCCCGUACUUGGGGGAAGAAAAGGGCAUCCUCUACCUCUCCGCACCGCUAACCUUCACGCUACCGGCGCUGUACCCUUCGGUGCGCCGGUGGUUCGGUCCCAUCGGCUUACUCGUGCUCGGCGGCGGCUUCCUGGCAUCAGCGUUUGUGCGGCGGGUGUGGCAGCUAGUCGCACUGCAAGGCGUCGUCGUGGGCGUGGGCGCGGGCCUGCUCUUUGCGCAGUCGACGCUGUGCCUGGACGAGCGCUUCGCGCGGCGCAAAGGGCUGGCGUACGGCAUCAUGUGGGCGGGCAAGAGCGCGACGGGCGUCGGCUUGCCCUUUGCCAUGUCGGCCGGCUUGGAGCGGUUUGGCUACCGCGCGACGAUGCUAGCUUGGACGGUUGCUGUGAUUGCCAUCACGGCGCCACUGCUAUUCGUCCUGCGCCCACCAUCGAGUCCCUCAUCGUCAACGGGAUCCUCCAUGCCGCCGUCGUCUCCCUCAUCAUCGACGCCAAGGGCCAACAACCCUACAACAACCAACAGCAGAAGAAGCACCGCCACCGCCACCACCUCAGGCGACCAGCAUCGCCGCAGCAACAGCCGCAGCAGGAGGCCACGCCUCGACGCGCUGCCGCUGCUCCGUUCACGCAGCUUCUGGGCGCUUCAGACAGGAAACGUGCUGCAGUCGCUGGGCUACUUCCUUCCGGCGGCGUACCUGCCCAGCUACGCGACACAGGAGCUGGCGCUGCCGGCGCGGACGGGGGCCCUGCUCCUGGCGCUGCUCAACGCCACGUCCGUCCCCGGCGGCAUCCUCAUCGGCGCCCUGUGCGACCGCGUGCAUGGCGACAACACUGCCCAGGGGAUGCGCCGCGUGUUGCUGGUGUCGUCCCUUCCCUCGGCAGGAGCAGUGCUCCUGUUUUGGGGAUUGGCGGGGCCCCGUGGUGGUGGUGGCGCUCACGACGCAGGCAGAUUCAUGACUAGUGCUGUCAGCGCCAGCAACAGCAUCAGCGAAGCCGGAGCCACCACCAACAACACACUAUUACAAGCUGCUACCACUACGGCCGGCAGAUCGACGCCAUCAUCUUCGUCUGUCGCGCUGCUAGUCAUCUUCGCCCUCGCCUACGGCUUCUUCGCGGGUGGCUUCAGCAGCACAUGGGGCGGCGUACUGCGCGAGCUCGAGCACGAAAACUCAACGCUGGAUACGGGUUUCGCCUUUGGCUUGCUGGCGGGCGGACGCGGCGUCGGCAACGUGGUCAGCGGUCCGAUCAGCGCCGCGCUCAUCGCCUCGACUCGCGCAAGAAACGCCGCAGCGGCCGCCGCUGCUAUGGUGAGUGGUGGUGAUGGUGAUCAUGGGCAGAUGAUGGACAGCAGCGGCAGUAGUGCGAGUAGUGGGGGGAGUGGAGGUGGUCUCGCAACCGCCGCCGGUGCGUACGGCAGCGCGUACGGGCCCAUGAUCCUGUUCACGGGCAUCUCGGCUCUGCUCGGAGCUUGGGGUUGGUUGUGCCAGCGCCCGCCCUCGUCUGCGCUCGCCUUCCUGCAUCCCGCGUCAUGGCGAGGGUGGUGCCAGCGCGCGGCGGUGCUGUGCCGUCUGGCUGUCCCCGCGGCGCACUGGCGACCGCGACGACGGCGACCGUGGAGCUGGGCCUGCGUCAGAGGUGGUGCGGGUGGAGGCGGCAGCACUGAUGAUGGUGCUGGUGGUGCUCGCGGCGCUCGCGGCGCCCGAGCACGCCAGCUCGACAGUGAUCCUCGCCACCCGCCCACAACUUUUUGA